UCCGUCAGCGUCGACUUCGACUUCAGCGUUAACUGACAGCUCGGUUUGAAGCAAUGGUUUUCAGUGCAGCAAGUCACAAUGAUGCGUUGCGUGACGUACGUCAUUGUACUAAAAACGCUGAAGUCGUUCUAAACUUUGAAAAUUUUCAAAGUUGACGUACUGCAACGCAGCGACCAGCAUUGUUGACAGAAGUUCAAAACCACUACUCAGAACCGGAACAAGAAUAAAAUGGCUAGUUUUGAAGAAAAACUAAUCCUAUUGGUUAAGGAAAACCCGUGUUUGUACGCGAAAUCUGCUAAGGACUAUCGCAACGUCCAAAAAAAAGAAUCAAUUUGGAAUGCAAUCGCAGUUGAAUUGAAUAAAACAGUUGAUCAAGUGAAAGCCAGAUGGAGAAGCUUGCGGGAUCGCUUUGGGAGCUUGGCUCGCAAGCAGGCUGACGAGUCUCGAUCAGGAGCAGGAGCCAGUUCCAGCCCGGCGUGGCCUCUAUAUGGAGAACUCUUGUUCCUGGCUACCCAUAUGGAAGCAAGACCGACUUCAUCGAACUAUUCGCAGCCUUGCUCUCAAUCGAGCACUCAGCAAAACUCACAAUCGGAAGCACGACCACCAGCUAUUCUGGAGGAUGAUCUGCCGGACCAUGACGAAACUGCGGCUGAAGAAGAGUACGACACACCAACCCUGUCCAGUACGCCUACAACUUCACGAGCAAAGAAAAGGAAGGCGGAUGUGGUUGAUACGCAGAUGCAGCAUCUCCUGGAAACCGUGCAAGAGCGAGUCGACGGGUGGGGUAUGAAACGUUUGAGGCAUGAACGAUUUGCGCUAUACCUUGCCGAGCAAUUGGAGCAUCUGCCCUUGCAGGUAGCUCGCUCGUUGGAGGUGGAAUUUGUCACGAAGACUAACAGCCUGAUCGACCAGUAUGAAAGUCUUCAGUACGAAUCCAAUGAUGGAGUUGUAUAGUGUACUUGAGUGAUCUUAAACACAUUAAAUAAUAAAAAACGAAUGCAAUUGAUACGACUAUGCUGACAUGCACCAUAUCAAACUUCACGCAACACAAGCUCACUGUAAAAAUUGAGAAGAUUCAAAUAGACCACAUUGACCCUCUAGGUGAUAUUCCAGAAACGUGGUUCUUCCGGGAAAGUGAUUGGUAUUUAAAUAUGACAUGCGACAUAACACACAUCAUGAUGAUGAUGCAUCAUGAUUUACACAUCAUGACUUUGCAAAUCAAAUGGAAAUAUUCUGGAAAUCGAGAUCAUCCCGAA